AGGCAGUUAGAUAAAUCAAAUAAAGAUGACAUACAAAACAAACAGCAGGCUAAACCUACAUACAUGAAAGAGGAAUCUGCUGAAGAGAAUUAUAAUAGAGGCCAGGAGACUUCAAAUGCAGAUAUGAAACAUGUUGAGGAUGAAAAGGAUACAAGUAAUAUUCUUCAAUGCACCACCAGUAAAAAUAUAAGCCCCAUAAACAGGGAAAUUAUCUUUGAUAAGAAAGCAGAGAAAAUAAAGAAAACAGCUAAAGAUGAAAAAGAUGAACCUAUUACAUCUCGGUAUAAUGCUGCCAAAACACCAAGCCAUGAUGAGAGUAGCAAUGACAUCCAUAAAGAUACUGAUUUCAACAAUACAAAUAAAAUGAAAUUCAUUGUUGUCAAAGCAAUAGAUGAACCUUCUGAAAUGAAUACAGAUGCUCCUAUAUGUAUAAAAAACAAACUUAGCAGAUCAGCUAAACACAAUAUAACUGACAUUGCGAAUAAGGCUAAAUCAGUUUUUGCCAAGGAAAGUGGAAAUGUUAAAAACGUCAAAGCCAUGGAAAGAAAACAGAUGAAUUGUGACACAUUCAAGAAGAAAGGCGUUCCUGCAGAUUUGGAAAAAGGAAACAAAGAAAAGACCUUUGGGGAAAAAAUAACCACACUUCAAUUUCCCAGCGCAAAAGCAACGUCUGUUGAUGUAAAGUUUGUGAUGUCUAAACUGGAAAAUGAGGCACCAGAUGGAGUGGACAUUGCAAUGAACAGUAACAAAACUGAAAACACAACAUCUGCACAGAUGACAAAACCAAGACAAAAUAGAAAAUUUCAAAUUCCUGUUUCGAAGCCAAAGAACAACAGCAACAAUGAAAACAAUUCAAUCAAAGCUAGAAACAGCAAGCAUGAUGAGGAAACUACCAACCUUGUAAAAAAGGACAUACUUGAUGUUUUAAUGCCACAGUUAGGCAAACAAGUCGAAGGGAAUGACAGCUCCAAUCAGUCCACUGUACAGAGUGGAGAGGUGGUUAAUAUAAAUGAUUACACCAACGCUUUAGAAAGUAAUUCAAGUGAAAAUGAAUAUGUCAACUAUAUUGACUUGGCUUCUGUCACUAAUAUUGUAGAAAAGUCCAAUUAUGGGGGUAUGGUUGUGACCAAUGAGAAAAAUAAGACGUUCAGCAGAAACAGCAAUACGAUGCAAAGAAAAUCUGCAUGUGUGACAGAACUCCAUCAAGCUGAAUUGUGGAAAGGGCCUUAUGAGAACGUGGAAAAAGUUCCAAUCGGAGACGAAGUGGAAGAACGUGCCUGGAACAAGAAAGAGUCAAUGGACAAUGCAGAUAGUUCUGACUUUGAGUUUAAUAUAGACGAUUCUGACAUUUAACAAUAAACAUGAUGAGAUAGAAGCAUAACGUUCCCCAUCAUUUAUAUUUAAAGAAUGACCAAUAUACUGGGGGUUUUCAACAUUUUAAAAAGUUACAAAUGUACAUACCUAAAUGUAUUAAAAUAAGAGCUACAUUGAUAUAAUUAUUUUAAAAGUUAGUUUUAAGUAGUUUAAUGUUCAUUCGGGGUUUGCCCUCGAGAUGUUUAGAAUAACAUCUAAAUAGUUAAUCCGACUUGCAUUUGUACAGCCACUGUUUAAGGCUGUUUGGAAACCUGCAUUAUAUUACAAUUUGAAUAUUCCGUGACUGCAGGAAUUAGGUAAAGUCACGUAGCUCGGUUCCAAAGACCCAAAGAAUAUUACAAUUUUAAUCACAUAUAUUUGGACGCUGUGUUGUACAUGUUACAAUGGUUGAAACAAAUUAUAAAAUGUUUGCCUCGUUAAACAUGGUACAUUGUUAUAUGCAG